CACUUACAGAGAGAGAGAGAGAGAGAGAGAGAGAUAGAUACCUAAUAAUCCUGUGUGUGUGUUAGUGCACUGACAGCAGCUGCUCCUGACUCUCAACUCCGGAUCAUUUCUUGCUUUAAAUCUAUAAAACAAACAGACACAGAAAUGGGGAAAGUGGAAGGUGGAAUGAAAUGCGUGAAAUACCUGCUCUUCAUAUUCAACUUCAUAUUCUGGUUAAUGGGUUCUCUGGUGUUGGCUGUUGGUUUGUGGUUGCGGUUGGAAAAUGACACAGUGUCUCUUCUGAACAGUGACACAGCACCGGUCACCUUCUUCAUUGGAGUCUACAUCCUGAUCGCAGCAGGGGGUUUGGUGAUGUUGGUGGGGUUUUUCGGAUGCUGUGGUGCUGUUCGCGAGUCUCAGUGUCUCCUUGGCUCGUUCUUCGCCUGCCUCCUGAUCAUUUUCGCAGCAGAAGUUGCGGCUGGUGUGUUUGGGUUUCUGAAUAAAGACACGAUCAUAAAGGACAUUCAGGCGUUUUAUAAAUUAUCUGCUAAAGACAGUAACAGCACGGAUAUUCUCGACAGCUACCACCGAGUCUUGAAUUGUUGCGGCACUGAGGAGUCACAUAAAACUCAGUGUUCUAACCGCUCACGUGACACCAAGAAUUGUGAACUAGCCAUUGAAGAAUUUUUCAACAGUAAACUCUUCAUCAUUGGAUACGUGGGGAUCGGAAUCGCCGGAGUCAUGAUAAUCGGGAUGAUCUUCAGCAUGGUGCUGUGCUGUGCGAUCCGGAACAGCCGUGAGGUCAUCUAACUUGAUGACCUUUUUGACCUUUAACCCUCUGCACCAAUUUUCUACAGACACAACAAGAGCUUCGAGAUCAACCCAAAUCUCCUUUUCCAUCACUCAGAACAUCCAGUCAGAAACUAAUGGAAGGAUUUCUUACUUUAAACCUUUUGAGUUUUUUUUUUCUUUUUCUUUUCACUUUACCUGCUGGAUAGGUGUCGUAAAAUAUUCUGUUUGUGAAGCUGUUUAUUUAAUUUAUAUAUUUCUCUCUAGGUUUAAAUCUACUGGAGAAUGUUGAGAUGCGUAAUUUAAAAGACUGGGGUCACAUGACCGAGGGAGAUUAGGCCAGUGAGGUCCAGUGCGUCGUAGUGAGCGGAAAUAACACAUGAAGUGGUGUUUAACAGCCCGAGUGCACUACCACAGGGAGGGUGUUUAAAAGGCGUGUGUAGUGUACAUGCUGUGCGGUUUGGGACACGUCCACAGUAGACGGAUGAUGUUAAUGUAGAAUUAGUGCUUGAUAAAUAACCCUGGGUAGUGCACUCACAGGUCUUUCGGACCUGAUUAACAUCAUAUGUGUCAAAUUGAAUUGAAUCACAUUAACGUUUACUCGCAUUACAUAGUCGUGGCCUUUAGGACCGGUUUGUACAUAUUGCUGAGAUUUAUACUCCCUUUUUUUGUAACGUGUGUGAUGGUGAAUAUCUGUGACGUGCUGUCGGUUUGUGUAGAAGCUAGUCGUUAGCGUUUUUAAGUAAUUCCUGUUCGACGAUGAUGUAUACGAUCAAUUAAGGUGCCUUGCUCUUUUAUACAACUUAUAUAACCUGAGAUCUUCAACCUGUCCUGUUCAGAUAAUACAGAUGCAGCUUUUUGUGCUUUCAACACACACUUGUCCACUUCCUCUCGGUCGAAGCCAUUCUGUUUGACGGAUCGAUUCGACCGAUGUUCACAUCAGUCGGUGAGAAAUUGUUCAUGUCGUUUGUAACUUGUUAACUGUUGCUUUAGUAAGAUUUAUUUCAGCAACACAACUUACUUCAAUGCCAUUUCCUGUUUUUCAAAAUGGAGGACAAAUCUUAUAAUUCUAAACUGGAGUCUAAAUUGUUGAAUAGCUAAUUAACUAAUUGUAUUUACUCAUGGUGCGUUCAAGUCACGUCGGAAAGAUCGUAUUUGCGAGUCGAACGCACAUGAACGGCAACACAAAGUCGAAAUUACGGGUGUGAAACUCAGGAUUUUCCUUCAGCUCGUAGUUUCACGCGCUGGGGGGCGUGUGUGAAAAAAACCUGGUGGAAUCAAUUGUCUGUGCAGAAAUGCGUCUACUUCUUGUCUGAAGUAUGAUGAAACAAUUUACUACAGUUGUGUUAUAUGAGUUUCUGCACAUGCGCAGUACAAAUGGUGUUUCCGGUACGGAUCGAGUAGUGACAGGCGGUAAAUGUGUUGAAGUUGAACCUUCACUCGUUUCAGACACUGAUUUCAAUUAUUAUAUGUUUGGUUUAUGAAUCAAGUGACUGAAAUCCAAACAAACUAUAUACGAUAUACAAUAACAUUGUGCAAUUAAGAUUUGAUACGAAACGAUAACGUUUACAGCAGCUUAAUGAAAUGAUUACACACAUAAAAAGCAAAACACCUGAUGCACAAUGUUUGUUCUUCCUUUUCAUAAAAGUUGUUAGAACCUUUGCUGUAUCCUUGUAGUAAUCAAGAGAACCUCCAUCUUGCUCCCACCAAAGUGACUUGAAUGCACUACGUCGUAAUUACGACUUCCCAACUCGUAAAUAUGAACUUCCCAAUCGGAUUUAUAUUAUAUCAGCUAGCAUGUCAUGUAGUAAAGUAUGGCAGUUCCAUCAGCUGUGCAGAAAUAUCCUAGUUUAUAUAUACACUAUAUUAACAAAAGUAUUGGGACACCCCUCCAAAUCACUGAAUUCAGAUGGUGUAUUUCAGGGGUUGGGCUCGGUCUCUUAGUUCCAGUGAAAGGAACUCUUAAUGCUUCAGCUUCAUACCAAGACAUUUUGGACAAUUUCAUGCUCCCAAUUAUGUGGGAACAGUUUGGGGAUGACCCCUUCCUGUUCCAACAUGACUGUACACCAGUGCACAAAGCAAGGUCCAUAAAGACAUGGAUGUGGUGUGGAGGAACCUCCUGACCUCAACCCAAUAGAACACCUUUGUGAUGAAUUAGAGCGGAGACUGUGAGCAAGACCUUCUCAUCCAGCAUCAGUGCCUGACCUCACAAAUGCAAUUGAAGAGGAAUGGUCAAAAUAUUCCAUUAAACACACUCCUAAACCUUGUGGAAAGCCUUCCCAGAAGAGGUGAAGGUGUUAUAGCUGCAAAGGGCGGGACAACUCCAUAUUACAUUCAUGUGCAUACAUAAGGCAGACGUCCCAGAUUUGGAAUGGCUCACAGUCUAUGCUGUAAUUCAGCCCAAAGGUGUUCCUCCAUGUCUUUAUGAACCCCUGAUUUAGAGAGGUACCUCAAAACUUAUAUAUAGUGUAUAUAGUGUGUAUAUUGAAUAAGGUGUAUGACUGACGUUUGGGUCCUUUCCUUUUGCUCCACGUAAACAUUCGUUGCAUAUAGAUAGUGGACCCAAAUAGAGAGGGGAAGUUGACAAGUGUGCACUUGAAACAGGAAUGAAACACCCGAUUAGCUAAAACUAAUUAAACAAACAUGGACUGGGUGAAGAUCUGUAGUAAUACUGAAUGUUUCCAUAAGUAGAUGUAGUUUAUUAAAUCCUCUUCUUGUAAGUGUUCUUUAGGCACGUGCUGAUAAUAUAGAGUAUAUAUGCUAUAUAGUACUCGACAACCUGAUAGUUACUAGUUAUUUUGGACACUUAGGUUUCCCAGAAAAACCUUGAAGACACUGAGACUCUCAUUUCUUGGACAUGAAUAAACACUAAAAACAGAACUAGCUUAAGUCUUAAGUACUAUUUAAUCAGGUGGUGAUUAUGACCUGAUGCGUGUCUGUUAAGUGUUGUAGCACGAGGACAAUAAGAGAUCUCAGUGAUGGGCGUGUCUUCAGGUUGUACGCGUGACGGUUGCUGCAGAAGUUCACUUCGUAUUUCUGUUAUUUUAUCUUGUUGAAUAAUAUAAGCAUCGCAAAUAAAAUGCAGUCUUGUUGAGUUAAGAAGAAUAUAUAUACUGUAUAUUCCACUAUAUAUUUACGCUUUCACAUGGCUACAAAAUCGGCGAAAGUGUCUACUGGAUAGAGUUGAUCAUUUGUUAAGACUCGUAAAAGUAAGUAAAAUAAAAAGCAAAUUAUAAAAAAAUAACCCUUAAUCUUAAAACAUUGUUUAGUUGGAUUUUUCCAAGGCGUGGGUUUAUUGUGUCCGAGCUGAGCCGAGUGUGAUGAUGUAUAAUGAAGCUGAAUGUGAAAUCAACCACAGCUGAGAUACAUGCUAAUGUCACAGGAAACUAUUUCAGAAGGAUCGACUUGAGUUUCAGCACAUGCCUAAAGGUGACGAACAACAGGAUCAUGAAGUAAACAGUGUGUGUGUGUGUGUGUGUAGAAAUGCAUGUACAGUAUGUUGUAUGUAACGUUGCAUGGCUUUCCAUAGCAGCUUAGAUCAAACCAUGUGUGUUGUAAUUAUUAUUUUUUUUAACAAGCUUGUUUUCCGUACUGUAAACAACACACGUUGUUUUUGUCGAUGCUGGUUUUUUGGUAUUGGAACGUGUAAUUUAUUUAUUGGCUGAUGAGUUCAAGCAGGUUUAGGCUUCUCAGGAUGGAAGAUUGACGUUAAAAGAACAAAUAAACUUUUCUGAGGUUUUA